CAAAAUUAUGUGAGUUUUUAAUAAAAAUAUGAUACUUCAAUUCAAAUGCGAAAGAUUACACUAUAUUCUAAACACUCACUAUAUAGUAACAGUUUAUAAAGAUAAAAUGACCAUCGGCAACAAAGUAAAGUCUCUUUCAUAAUAUCAAAUAGAGUCACCAGAAAUAUGAGUAUAAAUUUACACUUGAAAAUGUUAUACACUUUUAUGUGGACUGUUUAAGAAUCCAAGCUUUUGGGAUUGAGUACAAAGGAAUGAUAAAGUUUUUUAAAGCAAACUAUAAAGAUUUGGAAUAAAUGAGAAACUUAUGUAGGAAUCUCAUAUGUUUUGAUAAUAUAGUUGAGUUAUACAAAUAAAUAGAUUUGAGUGAUCCAUCUAGGAUUUAAGAUUAGAUAUCCCUUUAAUUAUGUAGCAUGAAGUUGGUAAGUUAAUAGCAGUUACUAAGAGAGGUCCCAAUAGUACGAUAAUUGAAUUAUCAUGGAGUAAUUUCAUACCGUGAAUGCUUUCAAUAUAAAAGUCAAUAUUAUAUUGUAACAGAAUUUGUUGGAGGAAUAACAUUACAUAAAUUCAUAAUUUAAAAUCCUAAGUUGAGUCAUUUGUAAUGUCGAGCAAUAAUACUUGUAAAUGUUUUAGUUUAUUGAAAGCAACUUCUAAAGGCAGUCAAAUAUUUGCAUGACCAUUACGUCAUUCAUGUUACAAUCGAUGUUUAUCAUAUAAUUUACAAAUCAGAUUUCAUCAAAAUAAUUGAUUUUUCUUAAGCCCAGCAAACUAAUAUUAUAGAUGAUUAAGACAUAAAGAAUUGUAGUAGAGUUUUAUAUUAUUUGUAUUAAAUUGUAAAUAUAAAAAAAGGUAUACAGGGAAAGAAUAUAAUGAGAAAGAUAAAGAGUAAAAUCUAUAGACAAUGCAAAAUGCUUAAACACCAAAAUUAGCUUAGGAAAUUAUUCUGAGUAUGAUGUAUGAAACAAACUUGAGUGUGAGUUAAAUUUUAGAACAUCCUUAUUUCUCUUUUUCACUAGAUCCAGAAGAGAGAAAGAGAAGAUUUUAAAAGUUUUAGCGAAUAUAGAGAUCAACUUCAGAAAUGGAUGAUAGUGAGGCUGUUUCAUAGAGCAUACCUGAAAUGUUAACUAAUAAGAGUAAAUCCUUAAGGUAAUUGAUGUGAAC